AAAAAAUAAACAGAAAAAAAAACAAGAAAAAAAAUAACCAACACAACAAUCCUCAAUACCAUCACCGCCAACCCUCCAAACCUACGCAAACAUGACGCCUCCCCCCCAAGUACCAGCCUCGCUCUCUCCGCAGCACAACCCCAAGACAACCUCCAAGAACCUCCAAGAAACCCUAAGACACCCGCCCCGUCUCCCCCCAACCCCUUGCCUCCAUACCAUCAGGCAGAAACCCAGCGACCCUCCCCACAUUCAACCAUCCCCUCCCCUUCAAUUAAGUAAACCCAGUCUAAUCCGCAUAUACUUACACGCAAAGCCACCCCACCCGCCUCCCCACUUUCCCGCAGCGCAGCCACCAAAGCAAAGCAAAAAAAUUCUAGCACAGGCUGUCGAUUUCUUUUUUGCUUUGCUUUGUCCUUCCGCUGCCUUUACUCAAAAAAUGCAUUCUCAGCUUUGGUAGCUCUGGCGCAAUUAAAGAGCAAGCGGAACGCAAGACGGACGGUCCGCACCAUCUAGACCCUUUCCCCACUCUCUACUCGCAUACCGCAAAGAAAGAGCAAACAGUAGAAAGAAAAAAUUUCUUUCAGCUACCAACUUACCACGCGCCUAUGUGGCAUCCAUUUUUUCUGUUCUCUUGGUGAGGGGAAGGGCAAGGGGGGAAGGCGAAGCCGGUCGCUAGGCUCUUUUCCGAUGCACGAGAUACGGUACACUAGCGUUUUUAGUUUUCUUGUUUGCGAGGGCAAAAGUGGGUUUUCAUUGAGGGAGGCAUUAUGUGGAUGGGGCUACUGUGACGUUGCGCGGCUAGUGGGUGGGGGGAAGAAGGGAAGGGAGGGGAAAGGGGAGGGGAG